AUUCGAAUCGCAGCACUGAACGCGAGCUCUACAAUUGAGGAUGACUACGAAGGUACCUUCAAAAGUCAUAAGACACAGACAAAGGAAGCUCAAGAAGCAGAAGCUUUUGCUUUGUACCACAAAGCUUUGGACCUUCAGAAACAUGACCGAUUUGAAGAGUCUGCUAAAGCUUAUCAUGAGCUGCUUGAGAUUCGUCUUCUGCGAGAGGCAGUUCUUUCUGGUGAUGAGAAAGAAGGGCUGAAACAUCCAGGCUUGAUGUUAAAAUAUUCCACUUAUAAAAACCUAGCACAAUUAGCAGCACAACGGGAUGACUUAGAGACAGCCAUGGAGUUUUAUUUGGAGGCUGUAAUGCUAGACUCUACUGAUGUCAACCUGUGGUAUAAAAUUGGUCGUGUGGCAGUAAAACUAAUACGCCUACCUUUGGCUCGUCACGCUUUUGAAGAAGGUCUCAGGUGUAAUCCUGAUCACUGGCCUUGUUUAGAUAACCUUAUCACAAUCUUGUACACACUCAGUGACUACACAACGUGUUUGUACUUUAUCUGCAAAGCUCUUGAAAAAGACUGUCUAUAUAGCAAAGGACUGGUUCUGAAGGAGAAGAUCUUUGAGGAGCAGCCUUGCCUCCGGAAAGAUUCCUUAAGGAUGUUCCUCAAAUGUGACAUGUCUAUCCAUAAUGUAAAUGUGAGUGCAGCUGAAACAGGAAGAAUCAUAGAUGAAGCCCUGGAGCUACGUAAGAAAAGACAGACUUUGCUGGUGCGUGAGAGAGAACCAGACCUCAGACUGGUCCAGCCAAUUCCUUUUCUCACGUGGAAGUGUUUAGGAGAAGCUUUACUCGCCAUGUAUCACCACCUCACAACAUGCGACCCUCCUCGACCCAGUCUGGGAAAGAGAAUUGAUCUCUCAGAAUACCGAGACCCAGUUCAACAUUUGAUUCUUUCUCCUACCUCUACUCCUGUCAGUGUUAUUCAGCCGACUCCUGUUAGCACUAACCCAGUGGUGACAAUGCCAGAUCCUGUAUUACCUUUUACCCCAGUGACACCCAACUUUCCAAGUCACAGUCAGAAUUCAUUGGAACCAGGAGCUACUGUAGGUGAGCAAGGUGACAUAUCUGCAGGUGAUAAAUCUAAGAAAGGGGUGAAGAGAAGGAGAAUUACAGAAGAUAGUGGUGAAACUGCAAAAAGGAGAUCUGCUAGAGUCCGGAACACCAAGUGUAAAAAAGAGGAGAAGGUUGACUUUCAAGAGCUGUUGGUGAAAUUCCUUCCUUCCAGAUUAAGGAAAUUAGAUCUGGAGGAGGAGGAGGACCCUUUCAAUAACUAUGAGGUGCAGUCAGAGAUCAAAGAAGAGAAUUUCCAGCAUGUUGGACCACAUCGAAUGUCAUUUGAUUCUACAACAUUUAUGGAAUCUGAAAAACAGGAUGUUCAUGAAUUCCUGAUGGAUAACCUGAACAAUGGUGGGAUCUUGGAGCUGAUGAUGAGAUAUCUAAAAGUCAUCAGCCAAAAGUUCCUAGUGAAGUGGCCUCCUGGCUUGUGUGAGGUGGUCCUUAGUAUCUAUCAUAGCUGGAGAAAGCACAGUAGUAGUCUUCCCAAUCCGUUACUGAGAGACUCAAGUAAUCAGCAUAUCAAGGAUAUGAUGCUGAUGAGCCUUUCUUGCAUGGAACUGCAAUUGGAUCAGUGGCUACUGACAAAAGGGAAGAGCUCUACAGUUUCUUCACGAAAUUGCCCUGCUGCCUCUGUGAAUGGAAAGUUUGGGCCUGACUUCCCAGGAAUUCAUUUCUUGGGAGACCUGUUGCAGCUGUCGUUUGCAUCCUCACAGCGAGAUUUAUUUGAGGAAGGCUGGAUGGAGUUUGUCACUCGGGUGUAUUGGCUGAAAGCUCGCUUUCUAGCAUUGCAGGGAGACAUGGAACAGGCACUUGAAAACUAUGAUAUCUGCACUGAAAUGCUGCAGAGCUCCACUACAAUGCAAGCUCAACCAGGCAAUGAAUGCAGCAUUGUGAUACGGUUACCUAAUCUACAUGUUGAUUCGGUUGUUUCUUUAGAAGAGAUUGAAAAGAACCUAAAAUCUCUGGAGAGAUGUCAGUCUUUGGAAGAGAUCCAGCGACUGUAUGAGGCAGGGGAUUAUCACGCAGUGGUGCAUCUGCUUCGUCCAACGUUAUGCUUUAACGGUUAUGGCAGAGCAAAACAUCUGGAAUUUGUAACAUCCAUACCAGAGAGACCAGCACAGCUGCUUCUUCUGCAGGACUCCCUGCUCAAACAGAAAGAUUACAAACAAUGCUUUGAAUGCUCAGAAGUUGCCUUGAAUGAAGCAAUUCAGCAGAUGAUUAAUAUGACAGCAGCCUCUGCUAAAGAAGAGUGGGUUGCUACGGUAACACAACUGCUCGCAGGAAUAGAUACUUCAUUAUCAGCAGUCAGCAGCAUCCUGCAAGAUUCUUCUGUAACACCAAGCCUUGUUCGAUUAACAAAUAAUCUGAUUCAGAUCAUAGACUGCAGUAUGGCAGUUCAGGAAGAACCAAAAGAACCAUACGUCUCCUCAGUGCUUCCAUGGAUUAUCCUGCACAGGAUCAUCCAGCAUGAGGAAGAUGCUUUUCGAUCUCUUUGCUGCCAGCAGCAGCAGCACCAGGGAGAAGAAGUGAGUCCUGAUACCCCUAUGUUGCCUUCUUCGCUCAUGUUGCUGAACACUGCUCAUGAGUAUUUGGGCAGAAGAUCCUGGUGCUGCAAUUCCGAUGGCGCUCUUCUCAGGUUCUAUGUUCAGGUACUACAAAAAGAACUUGCAGCAUCCACUUCUGAAGAUACUCAUCCAUACAAAGAAGAGCUGGAAACAGCCUUGGAGCAGUGUUUUUAUUGUUUAUAUGGUUUCCCUAGCAAAAAAAGCAAAGCAAGAUACUUAGAAGAACAUUCAGUACCACAGGUUGAUCUAACGUGGGAAGAUGCUUUGUUCAUGUUUGAAUAUUUUAAGCCUAAAACUCUUCCAGAAUUUGAUAGUUACAAAACCAGUACUGUGUCUGCCGAUCUGGCCAACCUUUUGAAGAAGACUGCUACAAUUGUUCCUCGAACAGACAAGCCUAUGCUGAGCCUAGAUACUGUGUCUGCCUAUAUUGAAGGAACAAGCAGCAAGGCACCAUCGCUCCCGGAUGGUGCAGACUAUUCUCCACCAGUGGUGACUGAGUUGUACUAUCUUCUGGCAGAUUAUCAUUUCAAGAAUAAAGAACAGUCUAAGGCCAUUAAAUUUUACAUGCACGACAUUUGUAUUUGUCCAAACAGGUUUGAUUCAUGGGCUGGCAUGGCUCUGGCUCGGGCAAGUCGUAUUCAGGACAAGUUGAACUCUAAUGAAUUGAAAAGUGAUGGCCCAAUCUGGAAGCACUCUACUCCCGUCUUGAAUUGCUUCAAGCGAGCCCUAGAGAUUGACAGCUCCAAUCUCUCCUUGUGGAUAGAAUACGGCACCAUUUCCUAUGCCCUGCAUUCUUUUGCAUCCCGACAGCUUAAGCAGUGGAAAGCAGAACUCCCCCCUGAAGUUGUGCAGCAGGUUGAAAAUCGUCGAGACAGUAUGUUGGAGACAGCCAAAUUGUGUUUUACGUCAGCAUCUCGCUGUGAGGGUGAUGGCGAUGAAGAGGAGUGGCUUAUUCACUACAUGCUGGGAAAGAUUGCAGAGAAGCAGAAGCAGCCUCCCAUUGUCUAUCUGCUUCAUUACAAACAGGCAGGUCAUUACUUGCAUGAGGAGGCUGCCCGCUAUCCAAAGAAGAUUCACUACCAUAAUCCACCAGAACUUGCCAUGGAAGCGUUGGAGGUAUACUUUCGCCUUCAUGCUUCUAUUUUGAAACUUGUGGGGAAACCAGACUCUGGAGUAGAUGCAGAGACACUACUUAGUUUCAUGAAAGAAGCUUCUGAGGGACCAUUUGCCAGGGGUGAGGAGAAGAACACCCCAAAAGUUCCAGAAAAGGAAAAAGCUUGCAUGAUUGAUGAAGACUCUCACUCUUCAGAGGGAACAGUGCCAGGCCCUGGGACUUCCCUCCCCUCAUCCUCCGGUCCAGGUCUGACAUCCCCACCUUACACAGCCACUCCAGUUGACCACGAUUACGUCAAAUGUAAAAAACCCCGUCAGCAGGCAACGCCGGACGAGAGGAGUCAGGAUAGCACUGCAGCGGUGCUGUCUGACUCCAGUUCCACACAGGACAUGUUUAAUGAGCCUGCCAGUUCUCAAGACAGCCUGAGGAAGACUUACACAGAAAAGAGGAUUUCUGCUACCUGUGCUGAUACGCUGCUGGCCAGCAAAGAGACCCUGGGAUCUACAGAGGAAAAGAUUGCAGGAAAGUCAGAAGAGCUGCUGGAGAGCUCAGAAUCUUACCAUCCUGCUGAGCCCACUGGCCAAAAAAUUACGGUGGAUCCUCAGACUGCUGCUGGCAAUCCCAGCAAAGCUGCAGUCCCCCCACCCUCACAGUGGGACUGCAAAAAGAAAGCUGAACCUUGUGGAGAUGCACCUGAAUUUCCACAUGGUCUUCCAGCAGACCUUGAGGAACAGCGGAAGUUCCUGACAGAGCAGUGUAUUGCCGCCUUCUGCUUGUGUCUCAGCCGCUUCCCCCAGCACUACAAGAGCCUCUACAGAUUGGCGUAUCUGUACACAUACAGCAAAACACACAAG